AUCCACGUCUACAACAUGUACACGCACCCUCCGGGCUACGUGGACGCCUACUUCUUCUACCGUGCGGCCAUGGUGCAGUCGUGGAACAAGUUCUGCUACCAGGGAGGCAUGAUUGAAACGCGCGUGCAGCUCCCCGGUGUUGUCACGCCCGAUUCGGGCAACCCUGACCUCGCCAAUGGCAAGAACAACAAGGUCUCCGCUACGAAGUACUACCCGACUUGGCCCGGAAUCUGGAUGAUGGGGAACCUUGGUCGCGCUAUCUUCUCCGCGUCGACGAACCGCAUGUGGCCGUUCUCCUACGACAAGUGUGAGCCUGACCUGUUCGACCCGACCUACCAGCGUAUCAGCGCGUGCAACGACAACCCGGGCUACGGCUUGAACCCGAACCAAGGCCGCGGCGCCCCCGAAAUCGACGUGUUGGAAGGUGGCGCGACGCUUGUGUCUUCGUCGCUGCAGAUUGGCCCGGGAAUGCCUGACGACUACCGCAUUAUGGGCCUGGACUAUUCGAGAGAUCCGCCUGACUGUAUCUACGGCGGAACCUGCUCGACACCGGGUGCCAACUACGUUGGCGUCCCAUCGAAGGUGUAUGCACAGCGUGGAUACAAGUCUUGGUAUCAUGGCUUGCGCUACUCGGCCAACAACUUGUGCAAACAGGACCCUAAGGCGAAGCAGACGUACAGCAAGGUCGCUGCAUCCGUGAAGGCUGGCAUCACCGAGAACUCGUGCUCGUUGGAUAUCUGCCCCGCUUCGCACGAUGCGUACGGCGAUCUGAGUCUCAUCGAUGGCAAAGGAGAAGAUCACUGGGGGAUCAACUCCAACGGCACAUGCUUCCCCCUGUGGAACGUCUACACUGGUGCCUACCUGUGUGACCCGGACAACACAUUUUGGAAGUGCGCGCAGCCGCGUAAUGAGACCACGACGCCCAAGUCGAACGCCAUGAGUCAGUUCAACUACCAAAUGGACGCCAUCUCGGCCAAUUGGCCCGUGCACCUCGGCGCGUACACCAACUACGUCACGUACCAGCUCGAGUGGGUGACCGGCAAGAAAGGAUACGUGCGGUGGAUGCUCGAGGGCAGUCCGCUGUUCGAGGUGCCGUCCGAGUCCAUUUGGGAUAUCCCUCAGAACAAGAACAAAACGAACCCGGAGAAGAUCAUGCUGGAGGAGCCCAUGUACCUCAUCUUCAACGUCGCUCUGUCGAGUUCGUGGGGUGCCACACCUCCCAAUGCUGGUAAGGAAUGCCGCGGUGACGGCAAAGACGCCACGACCAACAAGAUCUGCGACGCGUUCCCGCUGUACCUGAAGAUCGACUACAUCCGUCUGUACCAGGAUCAUGGCGAUGACCUCGAUGACGACAACUACAUGCAAGUCGGCUGCGAUCCAAAGAGCCACCCGACCAAGAAGUGGAUCGACGCUCACAUGGACGAGUACGAGGAUGACGACAAUAAACACAAGGACGUGGCUGGUAAGGCCUUUUGUAAGACGAACCACGACUGCACUAUCGGUGGCAAUUUGGGUAAAACGCUGCUGAAGACCGGCAAGUGUGUCAGAAACCGCUGCCAGUGCACGUACUCGUCUUCGUGGGGCGGGCCGCGCUGUACUACGGCAAUCUCUGGUUCUACUUCCAGCUCUACUCUUGGGACAUCGCUCUCUAGCGGUUCAUACGGCCCUCCCAUGGGUCUGUCCAUCGGUGUUGCUGCGAUCAUGGUCUUUCUCAGUUUCGCUUCAGUCGCGUGGUCCAUCGUGAGGGAGAACAAUGCGGCCGCGGCUUUGGCAAAACAAAGGAAGAAGGCUAUGGACAUGGGGACGUACCAGAACAAUCCAGAUGUACAGACUCGAUAUGUCACCGGCACUGAUUCCUACGGCAGCGGCAACGUUCAUGGUCACGGCCAGGAGAUACACCACCGGCCACGAGACAACUACAGCCAGAACUUUGUUUAACGGUUUAAUAAAUUCAUUCGUGCCAUCAGCUCACUUUUGUGUUUUAUUACGGCCUGUCUCCUAUCUACUAUACGAAGUUGGUGGUGUAGUCCUCCUUCCUGUCGAGUUUGCUGCCGCUGGCGCCGCCGUUGAACAGUACAGCCGCGGAUUUCUCCCCCUUGCUGGCGCUGGCCUCCGCCAUCGUGGACGCGGUCUUGUUCAGCUCCUUGACGCGCUCUGCCGCCUGCUCUUGGGCCUGAAUUCUGGCGCUGGUGCGCUUGGCCUCCAAGCGCUUGUAAAUAAUUCUGCAGACGGCGAUGGCGAUGAUGGCUGCAGCUACAAUGGUCGACACGAGCAAUGGUGGACCGAACAGCGUGUCGUCGUCGCUGGUGCUCACCACCUCCGUGCAGCGAGGGCCCGUCCAGGAGUCUGAAGAGCACUCGCACCGACCGUCCGAGUUGCAGCUACCGGUGAUCACCGACGAGACACCGAUAGUGCAGUCAUCGUCCGAGUUGCAGAACGCCAUGCCCGACACGGCUGUGUCCGGGUUGUCGGUGUCUCUGUAGUCGUCGAUGUUGUCCUCGAUCCACUGCUUGGUCGGGUGAGAGGAGGGAUCGCAGCCGAUGGUCAUGUCGGUGUUGUCGGAUGUGUCUUGGUACAGUCGAAUGUAGUCGAUCUUCAGAUACAUGGGGAACGAGUCGCAGAUUGCGUUGUCUUCCGAGCUGGAGCCGUCACCACGGCAGCUUCCUUCUCCUGCGUGAGGGGGUGAAGAUCCCCAGGAGCUGGAGAGAGCCACGUUGAACAUGAUGUACAUCGGCUCCUCGAUCAUGAUCUUCUUGGGGUUCAUCUGCGCCGUGUCUUGCGGCGGGUUCGUCAGAGCUUCAGCCGGGAUCUCAAAGAUCACUUGGCCCUCCACCUCCCAGCGCACAUACCCGGAGUCGCCCAUGACCCACUCGACGCUGUACGUGACCCAGUCCAAGUACGCGGCCAUGUGAAUCUCCCAAUCCGUCGAAAUGGCGUUCAUCUGAUAGGCGAACUCGGAGCUGGAGCUGGUGGAUCCGCUAGACGCUGUACACUCCGAGUUGGUGUUGCCAGGACUGCACAGGUACGCGCCCAUGUACGCAUUCUGCUUGGGGAAGCACGUGCCAUUGGCAUUGAUGCCCCAGUGCACCGUGCCGUUGUCUUUGUAGCAUUCACAUCGUACGAUGCAGGGCACAGUUCCAUCGUACAAGCGUUCGCUGUAAUUCCCUUGGCAAGUGAGGCGUUGAUAGUGGCGAAGCUCUGGAUGCCAUCCUCUUCAACGUCGCAGAUGUUGUUAGCGCCGUAGCGGAGACCCUGGUACCA